CUAGCUUGCCGGUGGAGUGUAGCCACAGUGCCACACGUGUUCGCCGUCUCAGCACUUUCGUCGUCAGUCAAAGAUACACAUUGACUUUCGCCGUUUUUUUAAAUAUGGAUAUAUCCUGGUGGUUUGUUCUGCAUACCGAUCCUUCCUUUCCCUCCCUUUCGUCCUGCCAGAUCUGUCCUCGUCAUUGUGGGCGCAAACCACCAUGUACAGUAAAACAUUCACUCUGCCUUUGCCGGAUCAUGCACGGCCGAGUACAUCGACGGUGCAAGACUCUCAGAGCCUAGCUUUCCAAAAGGAUUGUUUUCUCAAUCACAGCCAUUAUGCCGCAGCACCUGCCUAUGAGUUUACCUCCAUUGAUGUGCAGAAAUCGCUAUGUCCCAUGUCCUCAACAGGCGAUGAUUGCGCCGUCGCUAUCUCCGAGGCACUGCAGUUGCAAAGCUGCCCGACUAUACCUGGCCCGUUUCCAGUAUCCGAUUCCAGUCCGGUUGGCUAUCUAAACGGAGAACAAGAUAGUGCGCAGGUCACAUUACCGUUGGGCUAUAUUGCCGGCGAAAGCGGAGCAUCGUCUAUCGUUUCUCCUACGGUUAAUCAGCGCUGGGACAUACAGGACCACGCCCCCGGCCAUGUCACGAACCACUGUGCCACACUUUCCUUCCCGCACACAAGUCUUCCACCACCAUAUGCCAUAAGACAAUCGUCAGCAUACCCACAGAAAAACGUGGACAUUUCAACCUUCGGUGGUCAAGACCAUGGCUCCGCUGGACCUGCGAGCCAGGUGAUCGAUUCAGAUACACCGCGGUCUGGGCUUCAGAGCCGGCUAUCGCCCUCGGUUCAGGAAGUGCAUCCGUCAGGUGACCUCACCAGCGACAACGUUCCACUACCUCUAGAACAGAUCGGAACAGGAGUGAGGACGUCAGCGCAGAUUCUCCUUAGUUUUCCAAAGCAACCGAUCAAACAAACGCAUCCCCAGACCUCCUUCCCUUGCACACGUCGAACCCCAUCGCAGUCCACAUCAACCUCUUACUUUGCCACCGACGAUCAUAUUUCGUUCCAUCCAUCCUUUCUAGUGCCCAACCAGAUCCCAACCUCUCAGUCACCGCAAGAGCAUAUUGGAUGCUCCCUGUCUCUUCACCCUCCCCUCGCGACGCCCGCAGCUCUGCCGGGUUUCCAUAGAUUUCGUGGUGAAACCAACAUGGAGCUGCACACAACGGGCACCCUCGACAAUCGCGCAGCGCACAUCGGGGAUGGCUUGUUACCCACACUCCCUGGUCAUAGCGCACGCAUCUCUGGCAACCACGCAACACACACCCUCGAUGAUGAUACAACCGAGAUGACAUCUAGUGGGGUAGACAACUAUAGAAAUUUUGAUGAAAGCAAGUGGAACUCUUGGCAGGCUGUGAGCGUUCACGUGCCAUCACUGCCUCCAAAACGAUCUCCGUCAUUACCCCGCGAGCUUCAUUUACAUGACCACCUGUCCUCCGUUGAGGAUAGGAACCUUUCAGGGCCGCUGCGUCAUGCACGUGGUUGUGCUGUCGCCCAGCAACAAACUCCGAGGGGAAUGCGAAAAGCACGUGUGGUCUGCGAUCGUAAUGUACACAAACCCUGUGGCUGGCAGGAUGGCGAGGCCAGAAAAUGCGGUAUACCUAUUACGUACUACUGCGCGGAUCAUUUUGCUGCUUUCCAUGGCCUCGAGAACAUGGCACGGGAUGUCGAAAUCGUGUGUCGUUGGUGUCUUCCAAUGGAGCAAAAGAAGAUCAGACGCCAAAACAUGCUGAGGCAUCUAAGAGAAGUGCACUUAUGCUACCCACGUUCGAAGAAUAAUAGGCGCUAACGACAAGUUUGCUGCUCCUCUCGCUAAGCAAUCCCACCUGCACGGUCUUCGCACAUCUCAAAACAAAACAUCAUCGCCACUCACGUCCUGCUCUCCCCAUCCGAUCGACUCACAUGUUCCGUACUUCUAUAUGACUUGCACUCCCCAGCUUCGCACUGAAAACUGCCUGCAGAAACGGCGGACUAGUGGAGGGCUGAAGACCCUGCCACCAGGAUAUCUACUCGCUUGUGGGGAAUGGCGGGCCAUAGGGGCCCUUGCUAGAUAGUUAACUAUGCUAGUAUAGAACUGUUCCUUCUCUGACCACAGAAGGCAAUGUUUCCCUGGG